AUGCCUCGGAAGUUCGUCUUACACUUAUGGAAGAGUUACAAAACCAAGGAGAAAGAGGUCUUCAAACUGGUAUUUAAUACCCACCGGCCAAUGAUCUCUGUUGUACAGUUGACAAAGGAGCUGCGAACCUUUGUAAAAAAGAAGCCCAAACUGAAGAAGAGGGUCUGUGACCUUCUAAAGGAAGCCAUGUACUUUCGACAAAAAUGCAAGGAAGAAUAUGUCAUUACUCGAAAUUAUGCCCAGAAGCGGGGGGAAUGGGAGCUUGUGUCAUAUUACGACGCCUCCAUUGAAACCCAUGACCAUUAUCUCUUUCAUAUGCAAAGGUUUCUUGACGAGCAAAAGCGAUCUAAAGUUGGUCCAGCGCCGCCCGAAGCAAUAGUCGAGCCAUUGCAUGAUAUCCAGGACGCCGUGGCUCCUGAUCUCCUUGUCUCCCUUUCUUUAGAGAGGCAAGACACGUGUCGCACAUCCGUGACAAAGCCACCUUUGAAACGGGAUGAAAGGCUGAUUGACAAGGAAGACUUCCAAAUAUUUUGCAGUAUGCUUGGAAUUUUGCUUAAUGAUAUGGUCAAGAUGUGGGAAGAUGUGCUAGAAAGUGGGGCCAACCCCUCAGUUUCAGAUACAGGUAAGGAGAUCAUCUGUACCAAUAACCGUUAUGCCUAG